CCCCAGCAAGCCUGCCCACCCUAGCCCACACCCCACGAAGCCCAAUACCCAACCUCCUCAAACCUGAAACUGAUCUUAUCCUUCUCCUCCCUCACACGCACACAGCACAGACAUAAUUAAUUGUUCAGUUUCAUUCUCCAGUUCUCGCGAUUCACCUCCCAGCAGCAGUCGUGAGCUCGCUUCGUUCUCAUUUGCUAUCCACCGAACAGCGCCUCAUCAUCGUGUUACUCCUCUUCAUCAUCAAUUCGUUGUUUCUGGAUAUCGCGAGGUUGCCGACAAAAGCUUCCUGUAAUGGAGGAGAAGAAGGAGGAGCACGACCCUAUUGUCCAGAUGAACAAGCAGAAGAAACUUGCAACUACUACGAAGAAGGAAGUUAUUCGGUUGGAGAAGGAAUCCGUCAUUCCUAUUCUUAAACCCAAGCUCAUCAUGACCUUAGCCAACCUCAUCGAACAAAGCAACGACCGAGCUGAAUUCCUCAAACUCUGCAAGCGAGUCGAGUAUACUAUUCGAGCUUGGUACCUUCUUCAGUUUGAAGAUCUCAUGCAAUUGUAUUCCUUGUUCGACCCUGUAUCCGGAGAACAAAAAUUGAAACAGCAGCACCUUACCUUAGAGGAAAUCCAAACUCUCGAGCAGAAUUUCCUUUCUUACUUGUUUCAGGUGAUGAGUAAGAGUAACUUUAAGAUAGCAACUGAUGAGGAGAUUGAUAUUGCUCUCUCAGGUCAGUAUCUGUCUAAUCUCCCAAUUAAGGUGGAUGAGUCCAAGCUUGACAAGCAACUUUUGAGCAGUUAUUUCGCGAAUCAUCCUCAUGACAACCUUCCCGAAUUUUCAAACAAGUAUGUUAUCUUCCGUCGUGGCAUUGGAAUUGAUCAGACCACGGGCUAUUUUUUCAUGGAGAAAAUUGACAUGCUUAUUGCUCGUAUUUGGGCUUACCUUUUAAGGGUUACAAGGUUGGAGAAACUUUUCUCAAGAAAGUCAACCAAAAAACAACGGAGAGCUCUCACGGAAAUUGAUGACACUGAUUCGGAAGAGAACAAAGACAACUUUUUUGUCGAACGCAUCCGUCUAGAAAAUAUGGAACUUAGCGUGAAGAACUUGCUGAGCAAGACAACAAUUCAGGAACCUACAUUUGACAGGAUAAUAGUUGUUUAUCGGAGAGCAAGUACAAAGGCGAAAGUAGAGCGUGGUGUAUAUGUGAAACAUUUCAAAAACAUUCCAAUGGCUGAUAUGGAAAUCGUUCUUCCAGAGAAGAGAAAUCCUGGAUUAACUCCAAUGGACUGGGUCACGUUUCUUGUUUCAGCUAUAGUUGGAUUGGUAGCAGUUGUUAGUUCACUUGAAUCGCCUACAGAUGAUCUUUGGGUUAUGCUUGCUGUUCUCUCAACAGUGGUUGGCUAUUGUGCCAAGACAUACUUCACUUAUCAGCAAAACUUGGCGGCAUAUCAGAACUUGAUUACCCAGUCUAUGUAUGACAAGCAGUUGGAUAGUGGAAGGGGCACUCUUCUUCACCUGUGCGACGAUGUGAUUCAACAAGAAGUGAAAGAGGUGAUAAUAUCAUUCUUCAUAUUGAUGGAACAAGGCAAGGCUACUAGAGAGGAUUUGGAUGUACGGUGUGAGGAACUACUGAAUGAAGAGUUCGGGGAAAGCUGCAAUUUUGAUGUAGAUGAUGCUGUUGAGAAGUUGGAGAAGCUUGGCAUUGUUUCAAGGGAUUCUCUUUCAAGAUAUCAGUGUGUGGGGCUAAAACGAGCCAACGAGAUAAUUGGCACCACAACGGAGGAGAUUGUCCUCAAGGCCAAGCAGGGUGUUAGUCCCCAAUGACAUACAUGAUGCCUGCCCCAACAGUCUUCCUCAUGGGAAUGGAGGUAGUUUAUGCUCAAUUUGUGGAAAGUUGUAAAGAGGCUUACUUCUUGGUAUGGUGAUAAAGAAUGCGUGUAAAUCCAUGGGAAAGUUAUGAGAGUUUUGAUUUGCUAUUUGACUUUGGGUGUUUAGAAUAAUAAGACAGUAGCAAGAGAUGCUUAUCUUGUUUAUUUUUGUUUCUUGGUUUAGUGGAUGAGUGACUGCCAGUUCUAUAAUGAGCAGUCAUUUUACUGAUAAGAAAACGAAAGUAUGCAUCAGAUUUGUGGCCAUAGCCAAGAUCGAAAAUCAAAAGAAAUGGUAUUAUAGCUAAUUAAGCUACAAGGGGUUCCUUUGUUUACUUGAUGGGCCAUGCCGAUGCUUUCUGAUCGGUGCACUAACAUAAAAAGAGAAAGAUAAGAGUCCCAAUAGCAGAAAGGUAAGUGUUCAUGAACUGAACUCCUUCCUGCUAUGUUUAUGCCAUUCCCUGAUGUAUUUCAGUCUUUUUUCCCCAAAACUUUCCUGGCAAUUUUCUGCCUGGUCAAUAUAUCGUGUAAAUAUCAUUAUAUCUCUUUAUCUCGUG